AUGGAAGAAGCCCCAGAGGAAUAUCGAGGGGGCACGUUUACGGAUGUGCUCGUUCGGAGCAAGGGCAUCAAUGACUUGGUCUUUAAACUACUGUCCGUUGACCCUCGAAACUACCGAGAUGCGCCUACCGAGGCGGUCAGAAGGGCUCUGGAGCUCGUUGAAGGAAGGGAGAUUCCGCGCUCAGAAAAGCUCGAUGCUUCGAGAGUAAAGAGCUGCAGGAUUGGAACCACGAUUGCAACGAAUGCAUUACUUGAAGGCAAAGGCGAGAAAUUCGCUCUUUUGACCACAAAAGGCUUCAAAGAUGUUUGCACCAUCGGAGAUCAGACCAGACCGAGGCUUUUCGAUCUCAACAUCAAGAAGGCACAUGCUUUACACGCUCUUUCAGUUGAGAUUGACGAGCGAGUUACCGUUGAGGACUACGACCUCAACCCCUUUCCGCAAGAUAAGAACCGCGCAUUGACCGAUCCUGCCUUGGUACGAACUGCCAGCGGCGAAAUCGCAUACGUGGCAGAUUUCCAGGCAGGGUUCCACAUCCUUCCUAAACGUGUUGAGUUUAUUUGCUCUGACGGCUCCCUUCGAAAUGCUGGAAAAUUUGGCGGCAAUGAUGCGCUUCUGAGUGGACCAGCUGGUGGUGUGGUUGGAAUUGCGAAGUCUUGCUAUGACAUGGAAGACCAAACACCCAUAAUCGGUUUCGACAUGGGUGGGACGAGUACUGAUGUUUCUCGGUACGACGGCAAAUUCGACUACUUGGCGGAGAGUACUAUUGCAGGACGCAAUGUAUCCACAGCAAUGCUCAACAUUGCUACUGUUGCUGCUGGGGGCGUCACUGAUGCGAACUUGUUUCUUGGCCGUCUUGUUGUUACCGAAUUUCCAUCGAUCUUUGGAGAAAAUGCCGACCAGUCUCUAGACAUCGAAGCCACAAAGAGGAAGUUCCACGAUCUUGCUGCAGAUGUAGCGGCUCAGACUGGGCAGGAAUUGAACCCUGAGCAAAUCGCUUUAGGCUUCCUCGAUGUCGCAAACGAGACAAUGAGUCGCCCUAUCCGUAACGCGACUGAAGCCAGAGGCUUUUCGCCUGACAAGCACAAUCUUGUCAGCUUUGGCGGUGCUGGUGGUCAACAUGCUUGUGCUAUCGCCGACAAGCUUGGAAUUCGACGUGUCAUAAUACACAAGUACUCGUCCAUUCUAUCUGCAUAUGGUUUAUCACAAGCGGUGCUUCAGGCGCAAUCGUUCGAGCCAUAUUCAGGUUCCUUCAGCCUGACAGCGCUCCCAGAACUACGCGCUAAAUUUGAAGGGCUACGUGCCAAAGUCGAGGAAGAGCUUAUUUCGCAGGGAGCAGCGCCUGAUAAUAUCGUGUACGAAGAAUCGCUGAGUUUGAGAUACAAAGGCACCGACACCAACUUGUCAAUCUCAAAACCAGAUGACGAGGACUAUGGCGCUGCUUUCGAUGCCAUGCAUCUCCGGGAAUUCGCCUUCAAGCUCGACCGCGAGGCUGUCGUUGACUCGGUCCAUGUCCGUGGAGUUGCUACAUCAUCGCACAUUUCCGAUUCAGCAGGGCUAAUUGCCACCCUUGACGAGACAAGAAGAUCCUCUAGAGAACUUCCGCCGACCAGAACUCAACCUGUAUACAUACAAGGGGAGUGGAAAGAGUCAGGCGUGUUCAAGAUAGUUGAAUUGGAACAGGGCGACAGUAUUCGUGGACCAGCACUCUUGAUUGACGACACACAAACAAUCCUGGUGGAGCCAAAUUAUGCUGCCUACAUACUCUUGAAUCAUGUAGUUCUUGAGAAGACACGAGCAGAAUUCACUCCAAGCGUUGUGGCUGACGACAAGGUUGAGCCGAUUCAGCUCUCCGUAUUUUCGCAUCGUUUCAUGUCUAUCGCUGAGCAAAUGGGUAACACACUGCAGCGCACAUCUAUCUCAACAAGUAUAAAAGAACGACUGGACUUUUCAUGCGCAAUAUUUUCGCCGAACGGAAACCUUGUCGCAAAUGCGCCGCACAUCCCACUACAUCUAGGCAGCAUGCAGUAUGCUAUUCAGUGUCAACAUGCGCUCUGGAAAGGAAAGCUUCAGCCAGGCGACUCACUGCUCACAAACCAUCCCGAGCUUGGGGGCACACAUUUACCAGACCUGACGGUAGUCACGCCUGUCUUCAUUGACAAUGCCAUUGCUUUCUAUGUUGCUUCGCGAGGCCACCACACUGACAAUAAGUCUGCAGAAAUCAGCCAAAUGCUAAAAAAAAACUCACUUUCGGUAGUUGGCGGAAAGGGGAUAACCGCGAUGAUGCCUACGUCCAAAGAGCUCUGGGAAGAAGGCGUUCUUGUGCGAUCGAUGAAGAUCGUGUCUGGAGGCCGAUUUGAAGAGCAGGAGGUUCGCGACGCCUUCUUGAGAGCUGGCGAGUAUCCUGGCUGCAGCCCCAGCCGUCGACUCAAUGACAAUAUUUCCGACGUCAAAGCACAAAUAUCAGCAAAUCAAAGGGGCUUACUUCUGCUGCAAAAGCUCGCUGCUCAAUUCAGUCUGCCAGUGAUCCACAAGUACAUGUAUGCCAUCCAGGACAACGCGCAGGUGGCUGUGCGGAAGUUCCUCCAACAGACCCGCAGAGACCGACCCGAACCGCUGACCGCCACCGACCACUUUGACGAUGGCACCAAAAUUCAAGUGAAGAUCACCAUCUCGGAAGAUGGCAGUGCUAUCUAUGACUUCGAAGGCACUGGACCGCAGAUGUGGGGAAAUUACAACUGCCCCAUCUCAAUUACCCAAUCUGCAGCCAUUUACACGGUCCGAUGCCUAAUUGACACUGACAUUCCCCUGAAUGAGGGAUGCCUCACACCCAUCACCAUCAGGGUACCGAAAGGCUCUGUGCUCAACCCUGGUCCCAAUGUCGCGAUCUGUGGCAGUACACUUGCUAGCCAGAGAGUCAUCGACGUGAUCUUGCGUGCUUAUGCAAAGUGUGCUGCUUUUGCAGGCUGCGCAAACAGCUUCGGUUGGGGCUUAGGUGGCAAGGACCCUGUGACGGGAAAUAUUGAGCCCGGGUUCAAUUAUGGCGAGACAGUGGGUGGAGGGUCGGGUGCUGGACCUGGCUGGCACGGAGAACAUGCUGUGCAAGUCCACUCGACAAACACCAAGAUCACCGAUGCGGAAGUUGUUGAGAAGCGCACUCCUGUGCUUGUGACAAAGCAUGCAAUCGCACACGGAACCGGCGGUCGUGGUGAAUUCGUUGGUGGUAACGGAGGCAUUCGGGAAGUAGAAGCUCGCAUACCACUGCGGUUUAGCAUCCUCAGCGACCGACGGGUAUAUGCUCCCUAUGGAAUGAACGGUGGUGAGUCGGGUGAAGUCGGGAAAAACUAUGCUUUCAGAUGGAACCAGGAUCAUACUGAACUGGAGAAGAUCUCGUUGGGAGGAAAAGCGGAAUUGUUGCUACAACCCGGGGAGCGGCUGCAGGUCAAUUCUCCAGCCGGAGGUGGGUGGGGAAUACCUCCCUAUACUGAGUCUGCAGGUUGUGUUGGAGUGCCAUAA